UGGACGUAGGGAACAAUGACGAGCGAGUUGAACGCGACGACGAAGGUGGAGAGCUCGGGUGGCGCGAUGAAUCUCGUAUCGACGAUGUCCUCGUCGCCGCCCGGCUCGGUUUCAGCCGCGAUCGCGACCGCCAGCACGGCAAUUCCGACUAAUCCGUCCACGACAGUAACGGGUGGAGCUGCGGUGACGAGCACCGCUAAACCCGACCAUCACGUCUACAACGCGACCGGCUACCUCGUGGAGCACGACGAGCUCGAUCACAGUAUACUAGCCGGUUUCUCAGAUAUACAGACAGUUUUUCUAGCGUGUAUCUCGACGUUGCUGCCGUUGAUCGUCGCGCUUGGGAUCGCCUUCGGCGUCAGGUAAGAGGAAUAAUAUCACACGUAAGUUUUCACGCAACCUAUG